AUGCCAACUCAACAGCCUCUGGCCGUCAUGGCAACCAGGAGAGUAGGUCCAUUCAGUCAAAGAAGCGUGACUCCGAUACAUUCUAGCCCUGAGUCCAUGUUGCUACGACUUGACCGGUACACGCUGAAUCUGUCCUAUCAAAGGGUGCAGCAGAGGGAAGGUCUUCAACCUCCGACCGGCUUGACGACACCUCGUCACGCCUACGAAACCACUGUGUAG